AUGGGAGUGGACAGGAUAUGUAAUGAGGAGAAGAUAAAAGUUAGGGGUAGGAAGGAGAAUGCUGCUGCGUGUGCUUACCUGGAGGCCACUAGCUGUCAGGUGGAGAGCCGUUACCUGGGCAUCCUGAGGAAGCUGCAGGAGACCAAAUCUCUGGAUGUGGUCCAGGGUCAUGAUGAUUACGGCUUCAAAAUCAUCCCAGAUUACGAGGUGGAGGACAUGAGCGGAUGGACACCAGUAAACCAGGUGUCCAUCCGCUCCCACAACCUGCUGCACCAGGAGGGGGUUGAGCACCCCCUGCUGGGUCGCUGGGCUCAGUACUUAGCUGGCAGAUCGAAUGAUGACCUCUGUCCCUCACCGGAGCUCAAAGCUCUGCUGUGUGUCGGCGUCCCUCCAGAGUACCGGCAGAGAGUGUGGCACUGGGUGGUUCGAGCCAGAACCAGGAUCACCAGAGAGUGCCACACCCGGGUCAUCACAAAGAGCCGCACAUGUCUGCAUCCGGUGUCCAGACAGAUCCAGCUGGACCUCCACCGCACCCUGACAAACAACCAGUACUUCUCCUCACCCUCCAGCCCCGCCCUUCAGCAGCUGCACCGAGUCCUUUUGGCCUUCUCUUGGCAGAACCCUGCUAUUGGCUAUUGCCAGGGGCUCAACAGGUUGGCGGCCAUCGCUCUGCUGGUCCUCCAGAGUGAAGAAGAUGCCUUUUGGUGCCUGGCGGCCGUGGUGGAAUCCAUCAUGCCUAGGGACCAUUUUUCUAAGAACCUGGUGGCAUCUCAGGCAGACCAGUGGGUGCUGAAGGACUUCCUGGCUGAGAAACUACCCCGGCUGGCAGCUCACUUUGAGGACCACAGCAUCGAUGUGUCUCUGGUCACCUUCAACUGGUUCCUGGUGGUUUUUGUGUAGACUCUGCCCAGUGACAUCCUGCUGCCACUGUGGGAUGCCUUCCUGUAUGAGGGCACCAAGGUGAUCUUCAGGUACACUCUGGCUCUCUUCAGAUACAAAGAGGAUGACUUUCUGAAGAUUCACGACAGCGUGGAGAUCUACCAGUACCUACACUUCUUCACCAAGACCAUCUCUGACAGCAGGAGGCUGACAAGCAUCGCCUUCAGCGACAUGAACCCUUUCCCCAGCCGCCUGCUGAGAAACCGGCAAGCGCUUCACCUGGAGCGCCUGCAGAGGGAGCUGCGAGAGCUUGAGGAGCAGCAGAGGAAGUUUGUAAUGAAGAGCGCUGAAUGUAAAGACCAAGAUCUCGACACUACGAUCAGUGAGGAUAAUGAUGAACUCUGAACUCAUGGUGGCGUUUGAGCUGAGUUUUACAGAAAUGUCUGAGGUUUGGCGCUUUAAAUAGUUGGUCAACAGCAGCCUGUUGCAGCAACUCAACGCAAGUCUGAUCAGCAGUUCAGCAAGUUAAUUUCUCACUAAACUCACCGCCUCAGUCAGUUUAGAUAAUACAGGCCAGAAAAACACUAGUGAGGCAAACAAGGAUGCCGACAGUCAACUUGUUUAUUACAAAGAGACAGUUUUAUCAAGUGUGAACUACUGAACUGAUACAUGUAUUGUACUUUGGUUUUAAUUGAAGUGAGGUUUUA